AUGGGCUCAAUUGAAACUCCCGAGACCGCCAUAGGUCUCGACCAGCCUUUCAAGUUUUCCAAACCAGGACUUCCCAAUACUGCAGAAGAGUGGAUCGCACGUGCAAAGGAUGUCGCUCAGAUCCUCGCCGCGGAUGCUCCACGGCGUGACAUUCAGAACAAGUCCCCAUUCACUGAGAUUCAGCUUCUCAAGGCUUCAGGUUUAACCAAGCUCUUGGGGCCCAAGGACUACGGUGGGGCCGGUCAGGAUUGGGCGAUCGCUUACAAGGCAAUCCGAGAAGUCGCAAAGGGCGAUGGCUCCAUCGGCAUGCUGCUGGGCUACCAUCUGCUGUGGUCUACCACGGCCAACGUCGUCGGCACCGAUGAGCAGAAACACCGCGUGCAGAAGCUGAUCCUGGACAAUGAUUGGUUUGUGGGCGGUGCCGUGAACCCGCGGAACGCCGACCUUAAGAUCACUAGCGACGGUGAGGAGAUCGUGUUUAAUGGUUUCAAGUCUUUCAACACUGGCGGCGUCGUAUCUGACGCCACGAUCCUCGAGGGCGUGUUGGAUGGUACCGAAGACCACAUCUUCACAAUUGUACCUACAAAGCAGCCAGGGAUCCGAUUCGGCCGUGAUUGGGACAACAUCGGCAUGAGGCUGACCGAGUCCGGGAGCGUCAAGAUCGAGAACGUGCGUGUUCCGUGGACCAAUGCAUUUGGUUGGGACAGCAAGACCAAGAGGCCCAUCGCCGAGGUUUUGAGGAUCCCUUUUGCGUCCCUAUUGUUACCGACCAUCCAGCUGGUCUUCUCCAAUUUCUACGUGGGCAUCGGUCUGGGGGCGCUCGAGGAGGCCAAGAAAUGGACCAGCUCGAAAACCCGCGCGUGGCCCUACGGCGGGGACAACAAAGCGAAGGCAACAGAUGAACACUACAUUUUGGCGCGGUAUGGCAAUUUCCACGCUCAUCUGAGGGCGGCCGAGGCACUGGCGGAUCUUGCAGGCGAGAAAAUCAGGGAUGUGUACGCUGACCACGGCGAGAAGAGAGAUGUGAGCGCACGGCGGCGGGGAGAGUCGGCAGAAUGGGUGGCGAGCAUCAAAAUCGUGGCCACCGAGACCAGCCUCCGGGUCACAAGCGGAGUGUUUGAGGUGACGGGGGCGAGCUCCACGGCGAGAAAGGUUGGACUGGAUCGGUUUUGGAGGGACGUGAGGACACACACGUUGCACGACCCGGUGGCAUAUAAGGAACGCGAGCUAGGGACCUUUUACCUGUUAGAUGAGGUGCCCGAGCCGACCUGGUACACCUGA